AUGGUCGCGACAUCGUCUCAAUGGCGGCAAUUCAAUUUCUUCGACUCUGAUGUAGUAGGUCACAAUGCACAGAGAAGCGAUGAGAUUCCGCUGUUGGAGUCGCUACAAACCAGCCCUCCCCAUAUCAUCAUCAGCCCCGACACCGCGUCUCCCCUAGCGUACGAGGUCGCCUGCAUCGUCUGCGAUGCUCGUGGUACGAUUUGCGUCUUGGACAAGAGCUUCAACGAGACCAAAAGAUGGCAAGGAUGGGACGUGGACGGUACCUCGGUCUCAGUGGAAGACAACAGCGGAUACAACCUCGGGUUGGGCCUCACUAGCAAGACAAAGAGGAAGCACAAGGAGAAGGGUUUGAUGAUGUUGGAGUGUGGAGGUCUUCUCAUUGCUAUAGGGGAGGACGAUUCGCCCACUCAGUCACAGUUCCCUCUGCUGCGGAUUUGGGAUCUCACCAAAGACGAUUCCCGGGAUAGACAGCCGCUCCUACUGAGAAGCGUGCGAAUUGGUACGGGAGGAAGGGGAUAUCCUAUAUCAUCGAUCGCCCUCACUCCGGCCAUGUCGUAUCUGGCAAUUGGGCUGGUGUCCGGUCAAGUGCUACUGUAUCGCCACCUACUACAAUCACUGCAGACUUCUCCUACCGCUCAGUCGAGCUUCCCCAAGGCGAGGGUCGUAUGGGAGGGCACGGCCGCAGAGCCUAUAACAGGUCUAGGAUUCAAGCUAUCUGGGCAAAUGGAAUCGUAUGACGCACCUAUGAGAAACAUGGUCGGAGACUUGCGUCAAGACAAGACUCCUGGAUCCGAUUCGGUCGGGUUAUUCAUCGUAACGACGAACAAGACGUUGGCAUUGCCGGUCAUCUCUGGGAAAGGUUCAGAACCGAGAUUACUAGAGGAGUCUGGUGCACCGUUGAGUUGCUCCGUCAUGGACCAUACGCAUCGUUGUCUUGUUGUGGCCCGGGAAGACGGCAUAUACAUUUACGAUACCGAAGCGCGGGGAGCAUGCUAUGCUUACGAGGGGGCCAAGGCGAGUGUCAGGAUACACGGACAAUCUCUCGUCAUGGUAUCACCACCUUUCACACCAGCGGCAUCUUCUCACUCUGCCACUGUUCGAAGAUCGGCCGCGGCCGGACCAGCGUUGCUCAGAUCGCAUGCGGCGAAAGUGACGGUAUUUGAUCUCGAGAACAAGUUCAUCUCGCAUAGCUCUGUCAUUGCUUCAGGCGUAAGAGAACUGUUCGGGAACGAUGGGCAGGUCUUCUAUAUCUUGGAAGGUGACGGCAAGGUGCAAAAAUUAACCGAGGCAUCUGUGGAGGAGAAACUAGAAGCUCUUCUGCGGAAAUCCCUGUUUCAGAUGGCGGUCUCCAUGGCAAAAUCGGCUCGCCAAGGAGACUCCGUGAUUUCCGAUAUUCAUCUACGUUAUGGCGAUCAUCUCUACGAGAAAGGCGACUACGACGGUGCUGUAGCGCAGUAUCAAAAGACGCUUGGAUGGGUACAGCCAAGUCACGUCAUUCGGAAGUUCCUCGAGGCUCACCGAAUACAUCAGCUCACCUCAUACCUUCAGGAAAUGCACGUACGGAACCUCGCCACUCCAGAUCACACUACACUCCUUCUCAAUUGCUAUGCUAAAACGGCAGACAAGGAGCGAUUGGACGCCUUCAUCCGGACAGAAACCACCAGGAAAGGUAGCGACGAUCUGCCAUUCGACUUGACCACUGCCAUCCGAGUGUGCCGUCAGGCCGGUUUUCACGAGCAUGCGUUAUAUCUCGCGAAACGAUACAACCGAUAUCAAGAUUACCUCAGGAUCCAACUGGACGACUUGGAUGACUUUGCGGCGGUGGCGGCAUUUCUGCAUACACUGCCAUUGGAACUUGUGGCAGAGAUCAUCGUACCUUAUGUCAAAGACAUGUUGAGACGCCAUCCUCAAGCGACCACAGAUCUCUUGAUUGAGAUUUGUACAUCGUGGAAGAUGGAGGGGAGCGGCUCGGAAGCCACACCAAAGCGUCAAGUUCCGGCUUCGAGAGAUUUGCAACCGCAUCAGUUUUCCCACGAUCAAUCUGCUUCAUCUCCAGAAGAUCUUGGCGCCUCGCAGGAUCUUGUUCACCAACCGGUUCGCCCGAGCCCUGAACUUUUCUUCCCUGAUUUCGUGAACGAACCCGAGCAGUUCCGGCGAUUCCUGGAGACUGUGGCACUUAGAAAUUGGAGCCAGCGAGUUGAAGACGAAGAGGUGCCCCGUCGCCAUUCUCGCCUGCACAAGCCACCCAUAACGUUGGACGCAGCAACGGCAACAGAGGGCGAGGAAAGUUCCCAAAGAGCGGUCUGGAACACUUUGUUGGAACUUUACCUUGGUAAAAGCCGCCCCGACCGUCAACAGGAGGGGGAUCGUAAUGAUCACGAUCGAGCUCUCGCCUUGCUCGAGCAAAUCGAUCGGCUACCCCUUGAUCCAGUUCACGCAUUGAUGCUUUGCUCCGCUUUCGACUUUGAAGCCGGCCUUAUGUGUCUUUGGGAGCGUUUAGGAAUGUACGAAGAGAUUAUGCGCUUCUGGAGGCAACGUAUGGACGUCGAAACAGAGGGAACGGCUUCCGCCAGUGUCGAAACACCCGCCGCUCGUAUGCUAUACUACCUGCGUAUUUACGGACCGACUCAGCCUCACUUGUACCCAAUGGUGCUGCGUUACAUAACCACCUUCCCCUCCACAUUGGCUCGACAUACGGCAGACGUCCGCGAUAUCCUCGACACGAUUCAGCAGGAACGUAUCAUGCCACCUCUUGCGGUCAUACAAUUGCUCAGUCGCAACGACGUCACGAAUAUCGGGGUAGUAAAAGAUUGGCUCAAGAGUCAAGUAGCGGAUACACGCCUCGAUAUCGACUCUGACAAACAACUGGUACAUUCGUAUCGAAGCGAGACCGAAGAGAAAUUAAGGGAGAUUGCCAGCCUCACAGACGUCACGCGUCCACAGGUCUUUCAAGUCACCCGUUGUGCUUCUUGCAACGGUCAACUGGAUCUGCCAAGCGUGCAUUUCAUGUGUAAACAUAGUUAUCAUCAAAGAUGUCUACCCGAUGCGGAUCCCGAGUGCCCUGCUUGCGCCAGACACCAUGCCCUCAUCCGUGAAAUCCGUAGAAACCAGGAAGCCUCUAUCGACCGGCACGAUCUGUUCCUGGUAGAAGUUUCGGAAUCGCUUGAUCCUUUUAGUGUUGUUGCGGGCGCCUUUGGACGAGGGGGCAUGUUGAAUAGAAAGAGUGAAGGGAUUUUGUAG